UAUAUAUAUUGUUAUAUGUAAUUGUUAUGUAAUAAUUUGUGUAUAACAAAAAUGAAACAUCCAAAGAAGAAAAAGAACAAACCAAAACCCUCAAUUUCAAAACCAAAACAACAAAACCCUAACCCUAACUCUGGUCAAACCGUUGACCACAAUCUAACCGAGAAAAUCGCUUCGUUUUCGAUCGAAGAACAAAUGUCGAAUACGACGGAAACAGCGUCGAGUCAUUCCGACGCUGCAGAAAUAUUUGGAAAUUCUAGUGAUGCAACAGAAAUAUUUGGGAGUUUAACCGAAACCGGCUCGAGCUCGAGUGGGAGCUCGGGUUUAUCGAAUUUCGAGAGUUUGGAUAGUAAUAGAAAGAUUGGCAAAAUGGGUAAAGGGAAUUAUAAAGUUGUCGCGGCAACCGGAAUGGUGGCGAGUGUGAUUGGGAAAGAUUAUGUGCCAACUGUUAUUAAGAAAAGAGGGAAUGAUAAAUGGAAAGGGAAUGAUGAGGGUAGUGUCAAUGUGAGUCAUGAGGAUGCUGAACAGUUUUUGUGUUCAAUGCUUAGUGAUGAUUGCGAAUUCGGGAUGGAUUUCGUUAAAGACGUGCUUUGUGGAUGUGCUUAUGAUGUUGAAAAAGCAUUGGACAGACUGCUUGAACUAACUGCUCCGUCAUCUGAGCCCUCUACUAGUGGUCAGCAUCAUAACUUAAACGAAAAAAGUAAAGAUACUAGGUCUCUAUUAGAAUCCAGUGACAGUAUGACUGAUAGCACAUAUGAUCUAGCUUCAUCAUCUGAGAGUGACCUUAGUAUGGGCUUUAAUCGCAGGAACUAUUUUGAUGUUCUUGCUCGUCCUGAAAUUCAACCACAACCUGGUCACAAAAAUACCUCUGAACUUACCCAGGACGUGUUGGAAUCCCUUUUCAAUACACGAAAGAGUUCAAAACAUGAACCCGAAAGCAUGAACUGGAGGAACGUAGUAAAAAAGAUGGAGUCACUCGGUCCAAUGUUUGACUAUCCUUCAGAAGAUACAGACAAAAAACAGCAUGUUUUUGCUAAAGGAAAUGACUAUCAGAUUUACAGAACUACUGCAACUGAGCACUACGAUUCAAUGAAGUCAUACUUUCACAAGGCUGCAACCGCAUAUGCAAAUGGAAAACGAGAAUAUGCAGGGUAUCUCUCUGAUCAGGGAAGGAUGUGUAAUGAAAAGGCUCGGCAAGCAGAGAAAAGGGCAAGCCAGGAUAUAUUUGCUUCAAGGAACAAGGACUUUGAAAAUAUGAUAACAAUUGAUCUACAUGGACAACACGUGAAACAAGGAAUGAAGCUCUUAAAACUUCACCUGUUAUUUGGUGCAUAUGUUCGCUCUGUGCGGCUGUUCAGAGUUAUCACGGGAUGCGGGAGCCACGGAGUGGGAAAGUCCAAGCUUAAACAGUCGGUGGUUAAUCUGUUAAAUUCAGAAAACAUUGAGUGGAAAGAAGAAAACAGAGGAACUUUGAUAAUCAAACUAAGUGAGCAGAGAGAGUUCAGCUUUUUGGACUCUUCUAGUGAUAGCGAGUAACUCUUUUUCUACUAUUUGGUAUCUUCUAUGUUGUAUGCUAAAGAGAAAGAUAUGAGCACAGAUUUGAGUUCUGCAGAUAAUUAGAUUAUAUUUUGCUAUGAUGAUUGUAAUUAACCGAAAAUUAGUUUGGUGUAGACAGAACAUGUAGGCAGCUAAGGCUCAGACUUUAGACUCAGGAUUGGUUGUAAAUUAUGCUAGUCCGUUUUCACUUUUAAUCUUGAUCAACUCUUGUGUAAGUUGAAUGUGAGUAUCAGUUCUCUUGUUGUCA